GAUCAGAAGACUACAGUCCCGUCCGGUGCCCAGAGGACAACCACUGCUGUCUCCUCACACGAGUGCCGAGGGAGGAUCGACUUCUACCUGCCGGAGACGCAGUGCUCCCCCCUCGCCUCUCCUCUUCUUUGCUCUUCCCUUCAACCCAGCCUGUCUGGAGCUGCAGAGGACUGUCAGCCUGUACAGACGAAGCACAAGAUCAGAGUGUUGGCAGAGCAACUGUGCCUACAGCUCUGCUGCCUGCUCUGCCACGCUCACACACGCACAGCAAAAUGCUUUCACAGGCACUCAUUCAGAGAACUUUCUCCUGCGCGCACAUACUUACAUGCUGACAAGCUGGCAGGCAGGCAGGCACGCCCCCUUCCCUUCUCUGUGCGGCGAGCAAUUCUGCUCAUAUUGGUGUGAGCAGCGAGGGGCUGUACUUCGCUCCUCCUCCUCCUCAGCAGCAGCAGCAGCAGGACGGGUCCAGAGGCGAGCAGUCAUCACCAGAGAUCACACACCAGCUUCGACAGCUGAAGCGUGUGCCAGUGGGACAGCCAUGGAGGACACCCUCACCUGCAGCCAUGCCACCUUCUCCCAGGUGUUUGGACGCCAGGGACAGCUCAUGCAAGCCACGGUCCAGUCUCUCAACAGCCUGAACGACCAGAUUGCCCAGUUCAUGGUGACCAGACCCUGUAGCCUGGCUCACGAGGACAAAGCCUUCAUUCCUGGAGAGAGAGACAUCUUGAGGAAGUCCAUGACUCUAAUGAGACACCUGCUUGUGGAUGCUCAGGGGAAAAUUCUUAAAAUGAUGGAAGACAACAAACAUCUGGCACAGAGGAUUGAUGGGGCCAUCCAGUCUGCCAGUCAGGAAGUGACCAACCUCCGUUCCGAGCUCUCUGCCACCAGCCGCAGACUGGCAGAGCUGGGUGCCAGCAGCCCCCCGGCUUUGGAGAACCACCAUCAGUACAACCACCACGAUGACAGCCUGCACUACCGGGUACAUGUCGCCUGCAUCCCUCAGCUGUUAGCGAAGAAGGGAAGUGGUGUCAGAUGUUUGGAUAGCCUCUCUGACUUUCCACCACACCCGGGGAUGUUUCUGCAGUCACACACUCUCAAUCCGUCAGUGCAUCACAGACAGAAGACAGUUGUGAUGGACAUGUGCUACCCGACAGAGAUAUCCAGCCUGAUGGACUUUGGCUCCCCGGACUGCUCGCUAGGCAAAGUGUUGUUGCGUGAGGAGGUGGUCCAGCUUCAAGAGGAGGUCCACCUGCUGAGGCAAAUGAAAGACAUGUUGAGUAAGGACCUGGAGGAGACUCAGGGAGGCAGUUCAGCAAAUCUGCUCUCGGCCACAGAGCUCCGAGUGCAGCUGGGUGACAAGGAGCAGGAGUUGGACCGAGCCAAGGAGGCCUUACAAGCUAUGAAAGCUGACCGUAAGCGUCUAAAAAUUGAGAAGGCGGACUUGGUGAGUCAGAUGCAGCAGCUGUACGCAACACUGGAGAGCAGAGAAGACCAGCUGCGAGAAUUCAUACGCAACUACGACCAACACCGAAAGGAGAGUGAGGAUGCAGUGAAAGCCCUGGCGAAGGAGAAGGACAUGCUGGAGAGAGAGAAGUGGGACCUGAGGAGGCAGACCAAAGAAGCCACAGAACAAGCCAACAUCCUGCGCUCUCAGAUGGACAUGAAGGAGAACAGAGUCAAAGAGCUGGAGGCCGAGCUCACCAUGGCGAAGCAGUCUCUGGCCACCUUGACAAAAGAUGUACCGAAGCGCCACUCGUUGGUCAUGCCCACAGAGCCCGUGGUGAACGGCAGUCAGGAGUGGGUGAUGCAGGCCGACAUGCCGCUCACUGCCGCCAUCCGUCAGAGCCAGCAGACCCUCUACCACGGACACACCGCGGACAGACAGGCUGUAGUCAGGAUCAGCCCCUGCCACUCUCGCCAACCCUCAGUCAUCUCCGACGCCUCUGCAGCCGAUGGAGACCGCUCGUCCACGCCCAGCGACAUCAACUCCCCUCGUCAUAGGACCCACUCUCUCUGCAAUUCCAUGGAGGAUCUGGAGGACCAGAAGCGUAAGAAGAAGAAGGAGAAGAUGACUCUGGGAUCACUGUCGCGGGUGUUCGCUCGAGGCAAGCAACGCAAGUCACUGGACCCCGGCCUGUUUGAUGGUACAGCCACCCCUGAUUAUUACAUAGAGGAGGAUGCUGACUGGUGAUAGUGAGUGUGUGAGGUUGCGAGUGAGUGGUAAAUGUGUGUAGAUAUUCACCUGGCUUUAACUGUGUGUAAAGAGUGUUUUGUGUGUGGGUUUGUCUGGAGGGGGGAGGGGGGUAUAUUUUAAAAGAAAUGCCUAAAAGAGACUGCUAUCCCACAUAAAUGUACAGUAUAUUACCUUCAAAUUGUAUGUUUGUAAAUUAGAUAUAUAUUUAUAGAUGUACAUGUAUGCAUAUGUAUAUAUGUUUACAUGCAUAUAAAUAUAUACAUGGGUUUAUUAUUAUGUGUAGACAUGUUUAUGCUGUAUUAUCUUCCAAAUGUCUUAAUGUUUUAUGUUUUUUUAUUACUGGAGACUUGAAGGACCGCUGUUCAUAUGUAAAUAGGAGUUAUUGUGAAAUUAGUGUUUUUACUAUAAAUGUAAUUUGGCUUUUGUUACUUUACAGUUGCUUUUAUCAUGCUUUGCAACAUUGAUUUAAAAGUUCCUUCUUAUUCCCAAUCUUAUUUGGCCCAUUUCUUAUUAUAAAAGAAAAGAUAUCAUCUGAUUGGUUUUAAAAUAUUUUUUAUCUUUUGGAGUUUCAUAGGCCAAAAUGCUAUUGUUUCAAAUUGCUUGUUGAAAUGGAAAGUAGUACUUUGUUUCAGAGGUAUUGCUGGUACAGGAUUACCCUCAUGUUCAUUUUAUAAAUGCCGGCUCAUGUAUAAACAUAUCACAAUGUGGGCAGCAGGGAGUUUUUUUUCAUUAAGCUUUCUCAUCCGUUUAUGAUCAACAUCAUAUUAUCAGAUACAAUAAUUAAUGACUGGCUAACAAGAGUUUGAAAGUCCAUCUCCCUUAAAAUGCACGGACCUAAAAAGACAAACAAAAGAUUAACAGAGAUGCAUCGUCACACACCUCUCAUCUGCUGUCGAAACUAUGUGCCAAAGGUGAAACACUCAUCUCUAGAAGGUCUGCGUAUCAUUCUGUCACUGUUAGCACUAGCCUCGUAACACUGUUCAUAUCUGAAUAAUUUAUUACUGAGAGCUAUAUCUAACGUGCCAAUAUGAGACGAAGGAAUGCACAUUAAACACCUGCAUGAUCCCUCUUCGCUGCUUUGAUUAGACGUCCAUUCAUUGCCAAUCAAAUUAAUAUCCUCCAUAAUCCUGUGUUGCCAAUGUGUUACCUUUUCCCUUUGCCAAAUGAUCUUUCUUGCAUUAUGAAUGCUCGGCCCCUUUUUAUUUUUUUAGGCUGUUUUUAUUUUGCUUUGUGUAGAAUCCCUCCUCAUUUCUUGCAAAUGUGGCUCUACUAAUUCUAUGUUAAAUGCUUUGUAAUUUAGGAGAUGUUGCAUAAAAGAAUAAAUAUAUUGGAGUAUUUUAUUUAAAAAGAAUAAAUACAGAGAAGAGAUAACUUCAAAUAUUGAUCUGCUGCAGCUGUAGCAGCCAGAUGUUGAGGAGGUUUUAGCAUUUUCAAAAAUGAACUCUAAUUGAAAUGAAAUCUUAUUUUAAAAAUAAAACUAGUAACUGAA